AUGCCCCAGUGUUAUAAAUUGAUUAGUAAUUGUUUUAAUUGUAAGAUGCAAAAAUGGGCAAAAAUUUUAGCUACAAUUGUUUGCUCAGCUUUGAGUGCAUUAUUUUCAGGUUUAACUAUUGGAUAUACAUCAAUUGAUUUAUUCCAACUCCACCUCUUAUCGCAAUUCACACCUACUACAAAAGAAGACAUUGCUAAUCAAAAACGAGCAAGAAAAAUUAUUCCUCUAAGAUCUGAUCCAAAUAAUCUUAUGAUUGCUCUUAUAGCAUGUAAUGCUAUGAUCAAUUCAUUACUUGUACUCUUUGUUGGAGAAUUAUUCGAAUUUGCUAUGGGUUUUAUUGUAUCAUCAUUAAUAGUAACGAUAUUUGGUGAGAUAUUUCCACAGACUGUAUUUUUCCGUUAUCAGCUUCAACUUUGUUCAUUUUUUGCUCCAUUGACAUUUGUAGUAAAGUAUGUAUUAUAUCCAAUAACGAAACCAAUGUCGAUGUUAUUGAAUUUGAUAAUUGGGACAAAUACCGAAGUAAUAUAUAAUAAACAACAAUGGAAAGCAUUAGUAGAUUUACAAAAAGAGUGUGGUGGAGUUUUAAGUGAAGAAGAAGCUAAAUUAUUAAAAGGUUGUCUGAGUCUUAGUAAUGUACAGAUUGAUUCAAUUAUGACACCAAUAGAUAAAGUGUUUGGAUUAGAUAUUGAUUCAGUAAUUACAAUUUCAUUAAUACAAGAAAUUGCUAAAGAAGGUUAUUCCAAAAUCCCUGUCAUGGAUAAAACUAAAUCACAACCAAUUGUAGCUAUAUUAUUAAUCAAAGAUUUACUUUUAUUAGAUCCUAAUAGUAGUUAUCAACUUGAUGAAUUAUUAUCUACCAUAGGAAAGCCAGCAUAUGCAGUAGAUCAUGAUAUUGGAUUAUUAUCAGUAUUAAUGCAUUUCAAAGAUGAUCAAACACAUAUCGCAGUAGUACGCAAAGUCGAAUAUCAAAAUAAUUCCGAUCCUUUAUAUAAACAUAUUGGAAUUGUUACACUCAAUGAUAUCUUUCAAAUGAUCAAUCAAGAUGAAAGUGGUGAAAUAGUAAUGACAACAGGAGAUUCAGUAGAAAGAUCACGUCAUAGAAGUCGAAUAUUUAAAAUUUUGGAUAAUUUAAAAGACCCAAGAUCAUUUAAUUUAAAUUCCAUUUUAGAUAUCCUACCAAUACAAGAACCAGAAAAUCUACUCAAAUUAUUAAGACUACCAAUCAAUCCAGAUAAUCUAGAUAAAAUUAAUCAACAUCGUAUUUAUCUAAUUAAACCACAAGUCUUUUUACCAACACAUUCAUUAACUAUUAUUACUAAAGGUAUAGUAACAGAUGAAGAUAAUAAAUGUAAAUUUGAAGCACCUUUUGUAAUAAAUCAAAAGAAAGCGAAAUUAACAUAUGAAAAUGAAGUAUUUGUUACAUUAACAGAAUGUCAUCUCAUACAAAUUAAUCCUGAUUUACUCAUUUCUACAACACAAGUACCAACCAAACAUUUAAAUAAUACAAAUAAUAACUUAAACAUAUCACAGUAA